UUAAUUUAAAUAAGUUAGUUUUAAACGAGCAAAUUUCAAACCGGAUUUCAAAAUUUCCUCUGUUUUUAGUCAAAACGAAGACGAAAUGAAACAGAGUCCAGAAAGUAAGAGAGAAAGGAAAUAUUCUUUUGGUUACGAUCGUGAAUUCAAAGUGCCUCCUCCAGUUGGUUCUCAAAAAGAAGAAAUUAACGAAGCCGAUUAUAAUAUACCUGCAACUUUUGGUUUUUCCAAAAAAUCCAAAACGACCUUAUUAAUUGGAAAGCAUUCAUUUUUGAGUGUUUCGAAAAACUCAUGGCGUUGUUCACAAUUUAUUAAACAUCGAUGCAAAGCUUCAGCUCUAACAAGAAUGAUUGGCAAUGAACUGAAAUGCCGAUUAAGAAAUACUCAUUCUCAUGAUUGAACAUUUAACAAAAUCAAAAAAUCCUACUCAACUAGAAAUUAUUUAAGAUUAAAAUUAUUAAGCAUCGAUCAUGUAAUGUUGUUAAACCGUUUUGGUCGUAGGUGUAUGAGAAUUUGUUCAUAUUUAAAGAACAAAUUUAAAACUAGGUUAAAACUAUUAUUAGAUCUGAGAAUAUUUAAAGGUCUGUCAAUUGUUUGUUUUUGGUUUUUGAAUCUGAUUUUGGUUAGUAGUUAGCGUGAUCUACGAAAUCCAUUCAACAUAUUUCAGAUAUUAAGAGACUUUCAUGAAUAUCCUAAAAAAAAUAAUCCUAUAAAACUCUGUGCAAUAGCAAAUUUCUGAAUUCGGAAGUAGUUAGACUUAUUUUAUCUCAAUUUUUUAUAUGACAGAUUAUUCAUAUCAUCAAAAUUUUACGGAAUUGAGCUAAAACUUUUAAACAUACAAAUUUUAAUAUGUAUUUUAAAUUUAUUCAUUUAAGUUUUAGAUUAGUUAAAUUUAAAUCACAUUUUAUAUACUUUUUUAAUUUAAUUAUUUACAUACAUUCAUACUAUUUUUCUUUUUAAAUGUUGUAUGUAGAUAAAAAUUGUUUGGAAAGAAAUUUUUUAUUGUCUAAGUUUUUUAAUACAAGACAAAAAACUAAUAAAAUCUCAAAAAAUACGGU